AUGACGGCGCGGCUGCUGAAGCUGGUGGUGAAGGGGCUGCUGAAGCAGGUGGUGAAGGGGCUGCUGAAGCUGGUGGUCCUCGAGAAGACGUUCGCCCGUGACGUCUGCAGCAAGGCGUUCAACCACAAAUGGGUCUUGAAGGACCACUCGCGGACGCACACCGGCGAGAAGCCGUCCUGUUGCAAGCUCAGCGGCAGGGCGUUCAUCAAGAGGACGGCGCUGGUAUGCAACGCCCGAAUCCUCACCCGAGAGCGGCCGUUCCGCUGUGAGCUAUGUGACAAGGCGUUCAUGUACCGGUGCAGCCUGCGGGAGCAUGCCUGA